UUGAAACUAAACAUAGAUUAUCUUUAUCAUAUCACUCUCAGACUAAUAGCUUGACAGAGUAUUUUAACAGAACCUUAUAUACAAUUUUAGUAAAGUAUGCUGAACAAUAUCAUGAAGAAUUGGAUACAUAUUUAACUUCAGCAUUUUUUGCAUAUCAUAUAGCACA